CGGUAUGAAGAUGUUGAUGAAAAUUGUUCUGUUGGUGGCUUUGUGCGUUUUUGUGAGCGCGAGUGAACCGGAAUGUUCAAGAUUUCACUAUGAAGAGAAAACGCUUGAAAAAAUGAUUAAAACUGAAAUAUAUGUGGACAAAAUAAAAUCGGAGACGGAAAUCAUGCAGCAAAGAAUGUCCGAGAAACUUGACGGAAUUCAAGAAGACUGGGAGAAAACGAAGAAUGAACUAAACGAUGCGAAAGCAGACAGUAGGAAUGCUGUGGAAGAAAUCAAAGAAAGUUUUUCAACCAUUCAAGCAGUAGGCUUCAUGGCACUCGAUAUAAAGAAAACUGCGAUAAGCAAUGGUGAGACACUUGUAUUUAGCACAACACAUUUUGACGUCGGUUCCAGCUACAACAACGAAACUGGAAUCUUCGUAGCACCUGUGGCCGGAAUCUAUAUGUUUGCCUUGCAUCUGUGUCUUACAGAAAACAAAUACAUUUACUUUGAAAUUGACACAACAAAGGGUCCUACUCUAAAAAGCCGCUUCAUCAACGACGGAAGUAGCUAUUACGGCUGCCAAACAGCUACAGCUGUUGCAGAACUGGGUAUAAAGGAACAUGUGUGGAUAAAGAGUGGAACGUCCUUCUCUACUGGGACUUUGUGGGAGGCCCCAACUAUGAGGAAUAGCUUUUCUGGUGCUCUGAUUAGUGCAGUUACAAAAUAGACAAAAUAUUCAGUUGUUUUAUUCACGUUUUAAAAACCACUGCUGUAAGUUUUCAUAAUUAUCCAGUAGUCAAAUUUCUUGCGGCUGUUCAUAGAGAAACAGAACUGUCAACAUGAUACAGAAAUUAUGCAUCGUUUACAACAGAGAAAUAAUACCAGUAUAUUCACUUGCUCUGCCGCAUCGUCGUUUUUCUGCUUUACUUAUUUUUGUCUUCAAUACAGAUGUUUAAGCAUUUGUUACAAAAGCAUUGUUUGAGACAUCGUCAUUAUUCUAUUCAUGUGAUAAGACAGUGCUUUUUUCCAAACGGACACACUUUCUAAAUAAUCUAUAAAUUAGACCAUAGUAAAGGUCCAUACGAAGUCAAGUGAAUGCAAAUGCCCAACUUUUGUAUGUUGAAAUCUAAAAGUUGAAAUUGCAUUUUUAAUGCGUUUGUGAAAAUCUUAGUGCAAGCAUUUGCACCCUGUUCAACAGGCAACACCGAUUUACGGUAUAAGUAAUACAUAUAUUGUACGGUAUAUUUUAUUGGAUAAGGUCAUAAUAAUUGUCAAUGACAAAAAUCAUGUAACAUAAAGAACAUUUGAUUGUAUCUAUCAAAACAUGAGUCCAUGAUAGGCAGUUCCUAAAACCCACUAGAAGCGAGCUGGUCUGACAUCUAUUUUCUAGCCUGUUUCGUCUUACUCCUACUGGUGCUGCCUUCUGCAAAGGCAUUGAGUAGAAGCAAAUUUAGGCUUGUUUUAUAUAGACUUACAAGUGCAUGUUUGUGUUUAACAUACCAGGUGUGUUGAGAAUUCACUUAGAGUGGGUUCUUUUAUUUUUUCACUGUCCUGCGACUUCGCAACAUGGUGGAUGUUAAGACUGAAACCAGUUUAUAAUCCCCAGUCGUUUGCGCGUCCAUGCGUGCACUGCUGUGGGUUGCAGUUUGGGGAG